AGAGACCGUGUUACUGCUGCACGGCAGACUGUCCCUUUAACCCUGCGAUCACUGUGGCUGCUUGGUGUGCGCGAGUAACCAGUAGCUUGUUGAUUUCUGAUCUCAGCCACACAUUCUUUUCAUUUUAGUUUGUUUAUUAACUUUGAGCGAAAACAGAAAAAUAACCCAGCGUCCGCCUUGAGCUCGGAUCCCUGAGAAGCGAGGGACAGGGAAGGCUCUCCUUUGCCAAGUCUGUUCAGUAUUUUCCCAAUGAAGAUGGCGGCUCCUAUUCUUGCCAGCAGGGCUGGAUCUGUUAAUAACACCGGAACCGGUACCGGAUCCGGCACCAGCAUCAACAACAACAAUAAAACCGCUCCAAGCUUCCCGGAGCUGGACUUCAGGUCCGGAGCGAGGAUCGAGGAAUUAAAUAAGCUUAUUCUGGAUUUCAGCAAAAACGAUCAGAGGGAAUAUGACGACCAGCGGGCUUUGGAGAUCCACACAGCUAAGGAUUUCAUCUUCUCCAUGCUCGGCAUGGUGCAGAAACUGGAUCAGAAGCUUCCUGUUGCUAAUGAGUACCUGCUUCUCUCUGGAGGAGUUCGAGAGGGGGUGGUGGACAUGGAUCUGGAUGAGCUCAAUGUCUACGCCAGAGGCACCGACUAUGACAUGGACUUCACGCUGCUGGUCCCGGCACUGAAACUCCAUGACCGCAAUCAGCCGGUCACCUUGGACAUGCGGCACUCUGCCCUGUGCCACUCCUGGCUGAGCCUCAGGCUUUUUGAUGAAGGGACCAUUAACAAAUGGAAAGACUGCUGCACCAUCGUUGAUCACAUCAACGGCGCCUCCAACUAUUUCUUCUCGCCCACCAGUGUGGCGGAUUGGUUUUAUGAGUCCAUCAGUGUGGUCUUGGUGGAAAUUCAGAAGAAGCCUCAGCGGGGGAUGCCCAAGGUGGAGAAGGUGGAGAAGAAUGGGACAGUAAUAUCCGUUAUUCUGGGGGUGGGCAGCAGCCGCAUGCUCUAUGACAUUGUACCAGUCGUGUCUUUCAAAGGCUGGCCAGCAGUGGCCCAGAGCUGGCUGAUGGAAAACCAUUUCUGGGAUGGCAAGAUAACAGAGGAGGAAGUGAUCAGUGGGUUUUAUCUGGUGCCUGCUUGCUCUUUUAAAGGUCGGAAGGAGAAUGAAUGGAGGCUGUCCUUUGCAAGGAGUGAGGUGCAGCUAAAGAAGUGCAUCUCAGGUAGUCUAAUGCAAGCCUAUCAAGCCUGCAAGGCCAUCAUCAUUAAACUGUUAUCCAGACCCAAAGCCAUUAGCCCUUACCACCUUAGGAGCAUGAUGCUCUGGGCUUGUGACAGGCUUCCAACCCAUUACCUCUCCCAGGAAGACUACUCGGCUCAUUUCUUACUUGGACUUAUAGACGACCUCCAACACUGCCUAGUAAACAAGAUGUGCCCAAACUAUUUCAUCCCGCAGUGCAACAUGCUGGAGCACCUCUCCGAUGAAACUGUGAUGCUGCACGCUCGCAAGCUGUCAUCAGUGCGGUCCGACCCCACGGAGCACCUGAGAACGGCCAUCGAGCAGCUCAAAGCAGCCAAUCGGCUGACUGUGGAUCUGCAGAGGAGAGGCAGCUCCUCCAGCAUCCCCUCCCCACUGUCCGACGGGGGGGAGACCCAACCUGACGACCGGCUAGCAAAGAAACUGCAACAGCUAGUGACUGAGAACCCGGGCAAGUCCAUCUCUGUGUUCAUCAACCCCGAUGACGUCACGCGCCCUCACUUCCGCAUCGAUGAUAAGUUCUUCUGAGGGGCUUUCACCAGUUUUCCUCUAGAACAUUGUGACGUUCCGUAUCCCAUGCGGUUCCAUGUUAUAUUUACAUCUAGACUGCUUCUGCAGGGCACAUGUUUGAGUGUUGGAAUGAUCUGCUGGUAGUGUAUUCCAUGUAUAUUAGAUGAGGGCUCGUGUAUACUUUUAAAGGAGAACUGAAACCUAUACCUGUUUACAAUGCUGUAUUAUGACUGUUUGUUUAUUUGUGUUUCUGGAAAUGUCUUAUUAACCUCCUGUGCCGUAUAUGUGAUUUAGAAAGUUGUAUACGUAGCACCUAGAAGUAUAGUCCUAAGAUUUGUGUUCUAUUACAUGAAAUCUUGGAUUGCUCUGCUUGUUUUGCACUGAAGGCUGAAGGAACUCUCCGCAGUCCUCGGUGUGUCUGCAUGAUGAUCUUACCUGCACAGUGAACAGGUUCACAGUACGGUUGUAUUUUAAAGAGGGCGGUAGAGUGUGCAAAGAUGCAGUCUGCAGUUUAGAUGCAAGUUUUAAGAUUUUCAAUAAAACCUACUGCAUUUUAGAUAUAAAUAAAUGAUAUUUUCUUUACAGUUGUGUGUAUUUUGCUUUAUGUAAAGUGAACAAUUACAUGCCAAAAAGUGACUAAACCUGGCUGUUGGGAUUUCACCUUCACAGACCCAUUGACAAGUGCAAUUAGACUGUUUGGGCUUUAACACAUAUUGCCCAUAUAUAUAUAUAUAUAUAUAUAUAUAUAUAUAUAUAUAUAUAUAUUUUUUUUAUUGUGAUUCAUUAUCUGUGCAAACAACCUCCAGAGGUUUAUAGACCAUGGGAACAGGUGCUGUACCACACUGGUUUAGUUCUCCUUUAAAAGCUGUCAAUGUUGUACUUCAUAUCCAUCAAUAAUAUCCGCAAUUCUUGUUUUUUAUGUCUUUUUAAAAUACAUGUUAUGCAGAAUGUUAAAUACUAAUUUACAUUAGCUAUAAAGUUAAUUGUAUUUAUUUUUCUGCUACCCAGAGCUAAGAUGAACAAAGUUAUAUGAUGCUUUUGAAUUCUGCAAAUUAAAUUAAUAAAGCAUAUUAAUUUAACUUAAGGCAAGAGAGAUGUAUCAGAUAAUGAAGAAUUACUCUCACGAUUGUGGCACUUUUCUUAUUGCAGGAUUUCAAUGCUAAAUAUUAUGGACCGGUUUCUCCAGUAUCAAAAACUAAAGCUGACUUUUCUAUCUCUGUAUAUAAGAAAUGAUUACUCAAGUAAUAAAAGGACCUCAAAUCAGACUCAUUUCUUGGGGUUUAUUCUGUUGAGUUACUUCACUUUACAGGAUAGGGGGCUGCAAUAAAAUGUGAUGCAUGAUAAGUGCACAAGCUUUUACAAUAUUUCUGCCAGCAGUCUUUGCAUUGCCACCCCACACUACCCCCCUUUGAGUGGAAAUGUCAGUAUACUGUGAACUCAGAGGAAUAAUAAACCCAUCCCCAGAAGUGCGAUCAGAGCAAUGUUACACAAGCCUACACUUCCCAACACGCUCUCCAUGGAAGAGGCUUCACUGCAAGGACCAGUUUUAACCAGGUAUCUCUUUACCUACACUAUAAAACUAUCUUUACUGCUGCCAAAACUGGUAUCAUUAGCAUCAUCUAAGAUUUAUUUAAAUGUCAGCCAGUGCUUUGAAUUCAUUACAUACAAUGAGGCAUAUUCAUUAGAUUGAUUAACAUAUAUUUGAAAUUGCUAAAUAUAUUUCAGAUGAAUAUGCAGGUCAUAAAACUGUUGCCAUUUUAACUAAUGUUUCUUUUUGAAACUGCAAAUCAAACUUUGAUUUGUUUACUUCAAAGCUAACUUUGAUUUGCAAUGAAUGCAUUCUGUGUCAAGUCCAAAAUAUAUCAAAUGCACUCUGUGCAAUGUAUGAAUUUCACCUUUAACAAUGUAAGCUUGUCACUGAAUUACAGUCGGAGGGAAACUUCAUAAGGGAUCGAGUAGCUGCUGUGCAGGUCACAGGGAUCUGAAAGGCCUGUGUGCAGAGCACAAGAAGCACAGCAAACCCUCCAAUCAGGAGGGAUGGGGAUUAGGAGCUGGGUUACUCCUAGAACAGUUCUGUUUUUCAUCUCUGCUUCAUGUGGGGUGAAGCACAGAACACUGUUGUGCUUUUAAGUAAAAAGAUCUAUGUUCAUGUUGACUGCAUCAGCUCUUGUCAAGUGUGAGGGGAACAGAUUGGUGAUGCUCUUCUGAGGAACACUGAUGAAUUUGAAAAGAUCUACAUUCAUGUUGAGGGGAGCAGAUUGGUGAUGCUCUUCGGAGGAACACUGAUGAAUUUGAAAAGAUCUACAUUCAUGGGCAGCAGUGUGGAGUAGUGGUUAGGGCUCUGGACUCUUGACCGGAGGGUUGUGGGUUCAAUCCCCAGUGGGGGACACUGCUGUUGUACCCUUGAGCAAGGUACUUUACCUAGACUGCUCCAGUAAAAAACCCAACUGUAUAAAUGGGUAAUUGUAUGUAAAAAUAAUGUGAUAUCUGUAUAAUGUGAAAUAAUGUAUAAUGUGAUAUCUUGUAACAAUUGUAAGUCGCCCUGGAUAAGGGCGUCUGCUAAGAAAUAAAUAAUAAUAAUAAUAAUGUUGAGGGGAUCAGAUUGGUGAUGCUCUUCUGAGGAACACUGAUGAAUUUGAAAAGAUCUACAUUCAUGUUGAGGGGAGCAGAUUGGUGAUGCUCUUCGGAGGAACACUGAUGAAUUUGAAAAGAUCUACAUUCAUGGGCAGCAGUGUGGAGUAGUGGUUAGGGCUCUGGACUCUUGACCGGAGGGUUGUGGGUUCAAUCCCCAGUGGGGGACACUGCUGUUGUACCCUUGAGCAAGGUACUUUACCUAGACUGCUCCAGUAAAAAACCCAACUGUAUAAAUGGGUAAUUGUAUGUAAAAAUAAUGUG